AUGACAGAAGUGAAAGGAACUCCCAUCAUUAAAGGUUCACGAACAAUGCAAAUAACUGGUUUAUAUAAAGGACGGGCAAUUAUUAUAAAAGACUCUUACAGUGUUAUAAAUAAGAAGCUUAAACUAUUUCCUGCUAUGUUUAACUUACAAACAGGACCGAAAGAAGUAUUUCCAUAUAACUACUACAGCAGUGUUUUGUUAGCAAAUGACAACAGAACUGGUGUCAUUUCUGAAGCAUGUAAGUUUAUCCAUGAUGCAGAUACAUUUAUGAAGAACAUAGAUUCCAUCAAAGGUUGCAGAAUAGAUGAAAACCACUUCGACUUAGAAAAAUAUAGCACGUUUUACUGCAAACAAGAUGUAAGAAUUUUAAGAGAAGGUUUUGUAAAGUUCCGCAAUGACUUAUUGAAAGAGUUUGAUUUAAACGUUUAUGACUACGUUAGUAUUUGUUCUAUUGCUAACAAAUUGUUUGAGAACAGAGUAUACUUCCCGAAUGGAAAUCUUUAUGACCUCUCAAAUAAACCAAGAGAAUUUAUUUCGAGAUGCAUUCAAGGUGGAAGAUGUAUGUUGUCAGAUAACAUGAAACAAAAGAGCAAAAAGAAACUCAUUGCUGACUUCGACACUGUUUCAUUAUAUCCUUCAGCUAUAGCAAGACUUUAUACUUUAGAAGGUAUUCCAAAAGUAUUGAAGGAAGAAAUGUUAAGCACAGAGUAUCUCAUGAGACAUUUAUUCGAUGACGACCAAAAGGAACCCAUUGGUGAAAAGUUUAUGUCUGGCUUCUUUGUUCUCAUUAAGAUAACAGAGAUUGGUAUACCCAGACACUUUCAUUUAAUAGUUUGCGACCCUGAACUAAAUCCAGAACUUAACGUUCCAAGAAGUUCAAACACUUGCUGUCUCAUGUAUGUUGACCAUAUAACAUUACAAGACCUCAUAAAAUAUCAAGGUGUCAAAUGUGAAGUGUUGCAAGGAUACUAUUACGAUGGAAACAGAGAUAUGAGAAUAAGAGAUGAAGUAAAGAAGUUGUUUGA